GAUGGGCUCUGCCUGGUCCCAGGGGAUGGGGCAGCUGCUCUCUUGUGGGGCUUUCUCGGCUGCCCCAGCCCUUCCUGGGGCAAAGUCCCAGGGACGAGGCCAGGGGCAAGGUGUACCCGGAGAGUCGCUCUGCUCCGGAGCCCAGUGGGGAGCGUCCUGGCCGAUGUAGGGGGGAGAGUGACUGGGCUCAGCAUGGCUGUGCCUGUCCCCCUCCGCCUCCUCCUGCUGGGGGUCUUCGCCAUCCCAGGGGGCUGUGCCUACCCAGGCCCGCACUUGCUGCGCUAUUUCUACACGGCGGUGUCGGAGCCCGGCCCGGGGCUGCCCCAGUUCACCGUGGUCGGGUACCUGGACGACCAGCUCUUCUUCCAUUUCGACAGUGAGGGGAAGGGGGCCCAGCCCCGCGCCCCCUGGAUCCAGGCCGAGGGGCCCGAGUACUGGGACCGGCAGACCUGGAUCGCCAAGGGCUGGCAGGAGCCCUUCAACGGCAACGUCCGUAUCGCCAUGGAGCACUACAACCAGAGCGGGGGCCUGCACACCUUCCAGUACAUGUACGGCUGCCAGCUGCGGGCGGACGGCAGCACGGGGGGCUUCUGGCAGUACGGCUACGACGGGCGGGAUUUCCUCUCCUACGACACCCGCACCCCCACCUGGGUGGCGCCCAGCAAGGAGGCCGAGAUCACCAAGGGGAAGAUGGAGGCCGACCGGCGUCUGAGCCAGCAGCAGCGGGACUAUCUGGAGCGGAAAUGCGUCGAGUGGCUGCAGAAAUACCUGGGCUACGGGAAGGAGACGCUGCAGAGGAGAGAGCGCCCGGCCGUGCGGGUCACCGGCAGAGACGCCCCUGACGGCCCCACCACCCUCUGCUGCCGGGCCCACGGCUUCUACCCCCGUGACAUCGCCCUGAGCUGGCUGCGAAAGGGGGAGAGCAGAGAGCAGGAGACGUGGCGAGGGGGGGUCCUGCCCAACGGGGACGGGACCUACCACGCCUGGGCCACGGUGGAGCUCGACCCCCGGGAGAGAGGCCUGUACCGCUGCCAUGUGGAGCACGAGAGCCUGGCCCAGCCGCUCGUCGCCGUGUGGGGUGAGGCCGGGGGGUGUGGACGCUGAAUGAAAUGGGGGGGUGUCACAGGGCGACUGGCCCUACAGCCCCACCGGUAACACACUUCGCUCACCUCCCCAGGUGGAGAAAAUGAGCGAAGCCGCAGGACAGGCAGGGCCUGUGGCUAGUGGGGGAGGAGGCUAAGACAGGACCCAGAGGGAGGGGGCACCCCGGGAAGCCAGAGGGAGCUGAUAAAUGAAGCGGGGUGUGACCGCGGAGCCAGCCUGGAUCCCAGCCCGGGGCGGGGUGUGACCGUGGAGCCAGCCUGGAUCCCAGCCUGGCCGGGGUUUAACCGCGGAGCGAGCCUGGAUCCCAGCCUGGGCCGGGGUGUGACUGUGGAGCCAGCCUGGAUCCCAGCCUGGGCG